CAUUUUGAUCAACCAAAUAUUAUUUUCGAUGAGGAAUUGGAAAAUUUUCAGAAAUCAUUGAGCUGUGCACAACGCAAAUUAUAUCCUGGUUGCUCCAAAACAUUGUUAUCUUUCCUUGUCAAAUUUCUUCACAUCAAACUCCUGAAUCGAAUGACUAAUAAAUGCUAUGACAUGCUUGUUGAUUUAUUCAAAAAAUAUCUGCCAGAAGGUGAUAUCAUUCCUUCAUCAUUUUACAAGGCGGGAAAGAUGUUAAAACGCAUUGGGUUGGGCUAUGAGUUAACUCAUUCGUGUAAAAAUGAUUGUGUUCUCUUCUGGAAAGAAUAUAAAAGCUUAAAUGAUUGUCCCAUCUGCAAAGAGUCUAGAUGGAAAGUAAAUGAUUGUAAAGGAAAGAAAAUUCCUCACUAAAUUUUGCGUUAUUUUCCUGUUAAGCCAAGAUUACAGAGGUUAUAUUUGUCGAGGAAGACAUCCUCUGAUAUGAGAUGGCAUAAAGACCGUAAAAUUGAGAAAGAUGAUACGUUGAUUCAUCCUGCAGAUUCUGAAGUUUGGAAGUAUCUUGAUAAACAGUACCCCUUGUUUGCUCAAGAUCCUCAAAAUGUACGGCUCGGACUAGCCACUGAUGGAUUUAAUAAUUUUGGUAACAUGAGCAACUCUUAUAGUAUUUGGCCCGUGAUCUUAAUGGCAUAUAACUUACCACCUUGGCAAUGCAUGAAAGAGCCUUAUCUCAUGAUGUCACUAUUGAUUCCUGGUCCCCGAUCUCCCGGAAGAAUUAUUGACGUAUAUUUGAGACCUUUGAUGGAUGAGCUGAAGGAAUUAUGAGAAUUGGGAGUUAAAACAAAAGAUGCAAAAACUGGAGAAAUUUUUCUUUUGCAUGCCGCACUUUUGUGGACAAUAAAUGAUUUCCCUGCAUAUGGUGACAUUUCCGGACAUCGAACAAAGGGCUAUCGUGCUUGUCCAAGAUGCAGCUCUAAUACUCCUUCACAGAGGCUAAGAAGCAAAAUUUGUUACAUGGGUCACAGACGAUAUUUGCCACGUCAUCACCCUUAUCGGAAAAGUGUUAAGUUUAAUGGUGAGGUAGAACAUCGAUCCAAGCCUGUGGAGCAACGCAAUGAUGAUAUUAUUAUACAACUAGAAGAGGUAAAAAAUGUUGUGCUUGGCAAGCAUUCCAUUGAUCUGAAAAAGAAAGAGUUUUUCUGAACACCCAUGUUGGACAAAGAAGAGUAUAUUAUUUGAGUUGCCAUAUUGGUCAAAACUAAAAUUACGGCAUAAUCUUGACGUAAUGCAUAUUGAGAAGAAUAUAUGUGACAGUGUAAUGGGAACUAUAAUAGACAUUGAUGGUAAAACAAAGGAUACUGAAAAAGCUCGUUUGGAUUUGGAGGAUAUGGGUAUAAGGAGGGAGUUACACUUACAAUUUUUGAAAGGUACCAAAACAAAUAAAGAAGGCAAAUUGAAGUGUGUAAAGUCGCGUGCACUUUAUACUCUAUCCCAAAAGGAAAGAAAAGGCUUUUGGGAAUUCUUAAAAGCGGUGAAGUUUCCUGAUGGAUAUGCUGCAAAUAUAUCUAGAUGUGUGAAUAUCAAGGAUGGUAAGAUAAUCGGGUUAAAAAGUCAUGAUUGUAAUGUUCUAUUACAACGAUUGCUUCUAGUAGGACUACGUGGUUACUUGCAUAAGGAUGUUCUGGAUGCUAUUACUGAGUUGGCAAGCUUUUUCAGACAAUUGUGUUCCCGGAAACUAAAUGUUAAUGUCCUUGACAAUUUGGAGAAGAGGAUUCCUUUGAUAUUAUGCAAGUUAGAAAUGAUAUUUCCACCUGCAUUUUUUGAUGUUAUGGUCCACUUAGCAAUUCAUUUGGCACAAGAAGCAAAAAUUGGAGGACCGGUUCAAUAUAGAUGGAUGUAUCCUAUCGAAAGGUAUCUUAGUACUCUUAAGGGGAUGGUUCGAAAUAGAGCUCGUCCUGAAGGCUCAAUCGCAGAGGCCUAUGUUGUAAAAGAGUGCUUAAGUUUUUGCUCAUUAUAUCUUCAUGGAAUUGAGACAAAAUAUAAUAGAGAGGAAAGAAAUUAUUAUGGUGAGAAAAAUCAAAAUGCAACUAUCUCUGUUUUUUGA